AUGUUUGCCAUAAAAGAUGAUAUACCUUACGUCAUCGCGCAGUCUCAAAUUAUACCACAGAUACCAACCUGUUACGAUUUCUACGACGGAAUCCUUGCUUUCGGCACUCCAACCGGAAAGAUAAUUUUCGCAGACGUUUCAGAAGGGAAAUACACACAGAACUACCUUGCAUCCAGCACAUCCAUUGAAAAGAUCAAGUUCCUUACCAAAGAUGUCCUUCUGUGGUACUCAAAAACCGAGUGUGGAUCAAUAAAUCUUCCCAAGCGCCAAGUUAUUCCAAUCCACACUCGCCUUGGCCCUGCCACAGACCUAAUAUGUUCAGAGGAGCUCGGCGUUUUCGUCCACGGCAAAUACGACCUUGGUAUUUUUUAUGAUGUCAAACAAAAGCCGAUGACUCUUCAAACAUCCAUCACCGCUGUUGCAGUCCAAGUAUCCAGAAUACCAGCAACAUGUUUCCAAGGCGAUACUCCCAAUUUCGCCGUAUUAUUAUCUACCGGAGAAAUCCAAGUCUACACAUACAAGAACGGCAUAGCACAGAUGCCUGUUCUGAGGCUGCGUAACUCACGGGAGAACUCCAGGACAACUUGUCUUGCUUGGAAAGGCGAUUGCAUCAUAACUGCUGACACAGACGGCGUAAUUAUGUUUUACGACUUUGCUUUCGGUACAUCGAAGCAAACAUACUCUCCUUUCAUCGACAUAGACAGGAUAGAGUUCGAGAGAUCAUCCAGCGGAUUGUACGUACACGCGAGAGACGGAAAAUUUGGUUUUUCACUUGAAAAAGUGGAAAGUUGUCCUUUUUCUGUUUCCUCAUUCGCUGUAACAGGAAAUGGACUCGUCCUCGUCUCCCCGCUCAAUGACGAAGCCGUGAAAUUC